CUUUCUUUGCAGCGACUCUCUGUAAACUCUUCUGCACUGUUACUAUCACUACAGUUUUCUCUGAUAAGAAGGAAAACAAAGUACUAACAUGAGUGGGGAAGAACUGAAUACCAGCGAUUACAAUUAUUCGGAUUAUUAUGAUCUUAUAUCACCAUGUGACCAGAAUGACGUCAGAAGAUUUACAAAAAUCUUUCUUCCUGUUGCAUACUCACUUAUCUGUGUCUUCGGCCUUGUGGGCAAUAUGUUUGUAGUGAUAACAUUUGCUUUAUAUAGGAAGUCUGAGUCUAUGACUGACAUAUGCCUCUGCAAUAUGGCUAUCGUAGACAUACUGUUUGUUCUCACUCUCCCUUUUUCGGCAGUCAACUAUGCUCUGGACGCAUGGAUCUUUGGUAGUUACAUAUGCAAAUUUGUCCGAGGUAUCUACACAAUUAACGUCAACUGUAGCAUGCUGCUCUUAACUUGUAUCAGCAUAGACCGAUACAUUGCCAUCGUGCAAGCAACAAAGUCUUUUAAGCUUAGGGCAAGAACUCUAGCAAACAGUAGAAUGAUCUGUUUUGUUGUGUGGAUAUUAUCAAUCUUAAUCUCUAGUCCUGCUUUCAUAUUCAGUGAAAGCUACAUCCAUUCCAUCAAUGUAACAAAGCAUAUCUGUGACCACAAAUCCUGGUCAGACUCCAAUACAUUUAAAUUAUUGAUAUUGACUCUCCAACUUUUAUUUGGAUUUUUCACCCCUCUGCUAUUCAUGAUUUUUUGCUACACUUCCAUUGUCAAAACCUUAGUGCAUGCUCAGAAUUCCAAAAGAAACAAAGCUAUACGUGUGAUUGUUCUAAUUGUGAUUGUUUUUUUGAUAUGUCACAUUCCUUAUAAUGUUGUUUGUCUUAGGAAGGUAAUGUCCAUGGGCAAAAUGGAUAAAAGUUGUGACAGAGAAAAGGAAAUGUCCUAUGCAAGAUAUAUAACGGAAAGCCUGGCCUUUUUACAUUGUUGUAUGAACCCUGUGCUCUAUGCAUUUAUUGGGGUGAAAUUUAGAAAUUACUUUUUGAAAAUAAUGAAGGGUUUGUGCUGUGCAAGAUACAAAAAAGAGGGAACUACCCAUGGCUCAAGGGCAAGUUCUGAUACUGGCCAUACUAGACAGACAAGUGAGAUUUGUGAAUGACGUAGUGAAGCUAAUGCAUCAUCAUUGUCGUCAUCAUCAUGUGGCAUUAUUUAUGCCACAACCAGGUAUUUUGAAUUCUUUAUAUCUCUCAGUCAACUUCUUGUAUGUUGUUUACAUAAUAUUGUACCCACAAUAAACCCAUUAUUCUUGAAUGCAGCAAACUACUCUUUGCAUUGCUUCAUGCAUUUCAAAGAAGACAGGUCACUCUCUUUGGCCAUGCGAUGAGAAUGCCAGAUGUGAUCCCACAUGUUUGCAUAUGCACACCACUCUCCUUCAUGCAUUCUAGGAGGUGUAGGGGUGGGCAAGAUUCCCUUAUGGAAAUACAGAGAACCUUUUUCAUGUAAUGUGUGAGGCGGCCUCCUGUCUUGUAUACUUUUUUGGUAGUUCCACUUCAGCUGUUGAUAUGAAUAGAACUAUAAUUGUGUACUAUUAUGGUUUAACAGCUAGUUUCUUGAACACUCGUUACAGCACUCUGUUAAAUAAAGCCGUUUAAAUACAAACAGGAUUUUGAAAUUAAUUAGGCUUUUAUUGUUGAUUUCUUCAGUUGAUCACAGAGUAAUGUACAGUACAAACAAAAGCAACCAUUUUGCAACGUAGAAUUCACACAUCAGUGGACCAUCACUUAAGGUUAAAGUCAUUUGGCUACAUAAAACUAGGACACAGAGAAUUAAAAAUGCUUAGCUUUUUAUGUAUGACUUUACAUAAUAGUGUGAGUUUACUAUUUUAAAGUUAUUUCUGACAGCUUUAAGGACCACUUAACUUAGUAUCAGAUAAAUGAAAUGUAUUAAAUAGUCAUACAAUAAGCUGUUGUUAU